AUGGGAGAUGCUUCUCAUGCGUCUCAUGUUAGGUCUCGUACUUAUGCUGAUCAGGUGAAGGGGAAGCAACAGCUUCCAACAACAUCUAUUGAUCUCAGUUCUUUACCAUUGCCAACGUUAAAAGAAGGCAAACCAGCGAUUGUUUUACCUGAAUCUUUCUAUUUGGAAGGUUGUGAUAUUUGGAAAUUCAGUCUUAUUGGACGUUUAGAUUUCAAAGGAAUUACUUUCCAAGAGGUGAAGGUUGAUUUGGAACAUCAAUGGCAGCUAGGUCAAGGUGCGGUUCAGCUAAUUCCUAUGAGUAGAGGUUUCUUCACCAUCAAGUUACAAUCCCAAACAGCAAAAGACAAGCUUUUGAAUGCUGAAGCUUGGUUUUUGAGGCAUCAAAAGCUAACCCUAAUUGAAUGGUUUCCUGGUUUUGAUGCUGAAAAAAAAAUAUCAUCUCAUGCUUCCGUGUGGGUUUCUUUUCCAGGGCUUCCAUUAGAAUUCUGGACAGAAAAAACGCUAUUGUCCUUGGAUAAAUCAUUAGGAACUCCAAUUGUGGUUGAUAGACGUACUCUUGCUCAUGAAUAUGGUCACUUUGCAUCAGUUUUGGUGGAUAUUAAUUUUGCUGAAGCAGCUACUGAUGCUAUUCAUAUUACGGUUGGGGGUUUAGAUUUUUGGCAAUCUGUUGAGAUUCAAAAAGUUCCAAAAUAUUAUUCCAAGUGCAAGUUGAUUGGGCAUACUGAUCAUGAAUGUAGAAAGCAGCACAAGGAAAAUACUGAGCGACAACUUGUGGUAAGCAAACAAGUUAGCGUUGAUGAUUCUCAACCUGGCGUGAGCAAUAUUCCUAAACCUGCUGGUGGGGAAUGGCAAGUGGCUAGGCGUAAGAAGAAGGGUAAAAAAAAAUCUCACAACGUCAAUGUAGAUGUUCGUGAUGUUGUUGAUAAUAUUGCUGGUGAAGAAGCUGAUGUGGAGUUUGCUGCUAAGCUGGUGAAGGCUCAGCAGUUGGAGGUUGUUAUGGCACAAGCCAAAGAUGAUUUUGAAUCUGUCUAUGUUGAAUUGGCGAGAACUAAACAAGCGCAGGCUUCAAAAUCAGUUUUAGUUAAGAAUGGAAAAGUGGAUGUGGAGGAGAGUUCAGCUGAUGCAAAGUUUAGGGCUGAUCAAGAAGCUAGGCGUGUUCGCAUGCAAUCCAUGCAUAAGGUAGUGAAUACUACUGAGGGUAGGAAUACUUCUGAUUCCGAGUCCCUUCAGGACUCCAAUUUGAGAAUUUGUGCUGAAAAAGGAAGUUUACCAAGAAUUAAUUCUGGUGCAACUUCUCAGAUUGAUAUUAACUCCUCCAAAACUGGUUUUUAA